GUUACUACUUUCCUAAUAUGAUCUUGACCAACAUUAUAUCUGCGCUAUCGCUAUGCGCUGCCGUGAUUGCAGCCCCAACUGAAAAGCGCGGGGUUAGCUUCAACUGGGGCUCGGAGAAGAUUCGCGGUGUCAACAUUGGCGGGUGGCUAGUACUCGAGCCAUGGAUUACUCCAUCCAUCUUCGACAACGCCAACCAGGGUCGUCCACAGCGAGAUAUCGUUGACGAGUACACCUUGGCUGAAAAGCUUGGUAGCCAAACAGCGCUGAGCAUCCUUCGCAAACACUGGGAUACUUUCGUCACUUGGCAAGAUUUCAACAAGAUCAAGCAAUCAGGCUUCAAUGUUGUCCGUAUUCCCAUCGGAUAUUGGGCAUACGACACAUUUGGCUCGCCUUAUGUUAGUGGAGCGAGUGUUUACAUCGACGCUGCUAUCGAUUGGGCUCGAAGCCUCGGGCUCAAGAUUGUCAUUGAUCUUCAUGGCGCCCCUGGAUCUCAGAACGGAUUCGACAAUUCUGGCCAGAGAAUGAAUACUCCAACCUGGCAACGUGGCGACACCAUCCGACAGACACUGCAAGUCCUCCGGACCAUCUCCCAAAAAUACGCGCAACCAAGCUACCAGGAUGUCAUUAUUGGUAUCCAGCUACUGAACGAACCAGCACUGUAUAAUGGCCUUAGUCGCGAUGUAACAGCGCAAUUCUACCGCGACGGCUAUGGUCAAGUGCGCGACGUUUCCGACACUCCAGUCAUUCUUUCGGACGGCUUCACUCAUCCAAACUCCUGGAACGGAUUUCUCACGCCUUCGGAUGCCAACGCCGUCAAUGUCGCUCUUGAUCACCACCAAUACCAUGUAUUUGACACGACACUCCUCAAGAUGUCGCCUCUUGAGCACGCACAAUACGCCUGCAGAAGCACCGGCGCAUACGGCGGUGCGGACAAGUGGACCUUUGUGGGAGAGUGGACGUCGGCCAUGACUGACUGCGCAAAAUACCUCAAUGGCUUCGAUCGUGGUGCCCGCUACGAUGGAACAUACCUGAACAACCCCAGGGUCGGCGACUGUAGCUGGCGAAACAACAUCGCCCAAUGGCCCGCGUCGUACAAGGACGAGUCCAGGCGCUACAUUGAAGCGCAGAUCCGUGCAUUUGAGUCUGCGACGCAGGGAUGGGUCUGGUGGAACUUCAAGACGGAGGGUGCGGCUGAAUGGGAUGCUUUUAGGCUCAUUGAUGCUGGUGUCUUCCCCGCAAUCAGGAAUGGACAGGUCGACUACAAGUUUGGUCCAGCGUGUUAGGCAUGCAACUGGACCCUCACUUGCAGGCCUCCAUGCAAGGCAGCUGAAGUCUACAGCAGAAAAAGCACAUUGCAUACAUGGGCAAGCAUUCGUUGAUUGCUCGAUUGCAUAACGAAGUAUAUGAUAGGCUUGGAUAACGAAGUAUAU